AUGACUGGAAACAGAUGUUUUCCUCUCUCCAUUCAGUAUGCAAAUGCAGUAGCUAUGAAGGCAACAUUCAAAGGAACUACUUGGUGUUGGCACAGAAGAUAUGGUCACCUCAAUCUUCAAAACUUGAAGUUACUGCAACAAAAGGAAUUGGUUUAUGGACUGCUAGAGAUUGGUAACUUCGAGAAGGUGUGUCAAGGUUGUGCAAUGGGAAAAUCACACAGAGAGGCAUUCGAUAAAGAGAAGGUGUGGAGAGCAAGCAUGCCACUAGAGCUCAUACAUUCAGAUGUGUGUGGACCAAUGCAAUCCACAACCAUUGGAGAUGUGUGGGUAUACUUCAUGCAACACAAGUCUGAAGUAUUCAACAUCUUCAAGAAAUUCAAAGCCAGGGGGAUUAUAGAGUGGAUCAAGAUUAAAAGGCUUAGAAGUGACAAAGGUGGGGAGUACCCUCAACUGAAUUCUUGA